UACAAACACUGAUUCAAUUCCUUGUGGUUUCCGUCUCUCCUUUUCUAUAAUAAUAUUCAUACCAUCUUAUAAAAGUCUACCAUGUUUAUCUUCAACCUUCCUUUUCGAUCAUCUCUCUUAAAACCCCACCAUUUAUAAUCCAUGUGUGUUCUAAAUCUUUUGUUAGCCAUGGAUUUAGACGAUGGGAGGCUAGCGAAAAGACGAAAAACCAAGCUCGAACUCGAAUUCGAAGAUGAUCAUCGGCAGACGGCAACCGGGAUGGAGACCCUUCCCGGUGAAAUCGUCGUCGACGUACUCUCGAGGCUGCCGAUCACGUCUCUGGUGCAAUUCAAGUUCGUAUGCAAGGGGUGGCGUGCUUUAGCUCAGGAUCCUGUUCUUGCUGCAGAUAUGUGCAGAACUCGCACAGGAAAUACAUGCCUCAUACUUCACUGCGAUUUUCCGAUCAAAAACCACCUGUAUUUUGUUGAUUUAUCACCGAACAACCAAGAGAAAGACAAGGUAAAAAGAUUAUAUGUGCCUUUCCAGACAUCCAUGCCUGAAUUUGAUGUAGUUGGAUCAUGUAAUGGUUUAUUAUGUUUGUCUGAUUCUUUAUACAACGAUGCUCUUUAUGUUUACAACCCUUUCACCAUGGAUUACAUCGAGCUGCCCAAAUCUCGACGGUAUCCGGACCAGGAAGUAGUGUUCGGAUUCGGAUUCCAUCCGAAAACCGAGGAAUACAAGGUAGUUAUGAUAGUUUAUUAUAGGAACACAAGUAGUAGUAGUAGUAGUAGCUACAGUCGUGCCCGGCGAGUCGUGUACCGGCAUUCGGACGUUCAGGUUUUCACUCUGGGAUCAUCUGCCUGGAGGAGCCUAGGAAAAAUACCUUACCAGCUCGUAAGGCGAUCGUCGGAGGCUUUGGUUAGCGGAAGGCUUCAUUGGGUGAGUAGGCCACGCAGAUAUCACCCGGCUCGGUGCAUUAUGUCGUUCGACAUACGGACCGAAGAAUUCGAGGAGGUCCCGAAACCUGAUUGUGGUGGGCUAAACAGAUGCAACUUCCAUGUGUCUGUUCUAAGAGGUUGUCUCGCAGCAGCUGUUUAUGGGAAUUAUGGGAAACUGGAGAUAUGGGUAAUGAAAGAUUAUAAUGUGAAGGAGUCUUGGACUAAAGAGUUUAGCAUUGGAGCUUAUAUGCCGAAAUGUUUGAAACAAAAUUUGGAUCAAGAUAAUAGGCCAUUGAAGAUCUGGAAGAACAAUUCGAGUGGUAAACUGGUCCGAGUUCUUUCCGUUUCGGAGAAUGGCGAAAUCCUGUUGGAGUACAAGAACAGGGUUCUAGUUUCUUAUGAUCCAAAGAAAGGCAAAUUCACAGAUCUUGUGUUCCAGGGGAUCCCACAUUGGUUUCAAACAGUUGUUCAUGCAGCAAGUUUCAGUUGGAUUAACACCCUUCCUUGAUCUUACAAAAAACUGUUGGUAU